CACGGCCCCACUACCUUCUAAAAAAGGAAAUGGAACUUUUUCAGUUUCUUUCCUGUUUCUGUCUAUACGCUUUCUUCGUUCCAGCAAUUGGCUCUACUAUACUUUUCCAGGGGUUCAACUGGGAAUCGAACAAGCAACAAGGGGGCUGGUACAACUCUCUCAUCAAUAAGGUCCCGGAUUUGGCUAAGGCCGGGGUUACUCAUGUCUGGCUCCCGCCCCCCUCCCACUCCGUUUCGCCCCAAGUGGUUAAUUGUGCAGGGUAUAUGCCUGGAAGGCUAUAUGACCUGGACGCAUCCAAAUAUGGAAACAAGCAACAACUUCAGGCUCUUGUAAGGGCACUCCAUGACAAUAACAUCAAGGCUGUGGCAGACAUUGUGAUCAACCACAGAUGUGCUGACUAUAAAGACAGCCGGGGUAUCUACUGCAUCUUCGAAGGCGGCACAUCUGAUGGUCGUCUUGAUUGGGGGCCAUCCUACAUAUGCAAAGAUGACACACAAUACUCCGAUGGCAAUGGAAACCCCGACACCGGCAUGGACUUUGGUGCGGCCCCAGACAUCGACCAUCUAAACGAGAAUGUGCAAAAUGAGUUAUCCGAUUGGAUGAAUUGGCUCAAAUCUGAAAUCGGGUUUGACGGUUGGAGAUUCGAUUUUGUGAGGGGGUAUGCGGGAAGCAUCACUAAGAUCUACAUGGAAAGAACCAAACCGGGUUUCGCGGUGGGCGAGUUUUGGAACUCGUUGGCGUACGAAACAGAAGCAAAACCCAAAUAUGACCAGAAUAAUCACAGGAAUGAGCUAUCCCAAUGGGUGCAGAAUGGAGGAGGCUUCGUGACUGCCUUUGACUUCACCACCAAAGGGAUUCUUCAGACUGCUGUUGAAGGAGAGCUUUGGAGGUUGAAGGAUUCCAAUGGCAAGCCUCCCGGUCUUAUCGGGAUUUCGCCAAAAAAUGCGGUCACUUUUGUUGAUAACCAUGACACUGGAUCUACACAGAGGCUUUGGCCUUUUCCCAGUGAUAAAGUUAUGCAAGGAUAUGCUUACAUCCUAACCCAUCCCGGAGUUCCAUCUGUGUUUUAUGAUCAUUUCUUUGAUUGGGGAUUGAAGGAUCAAAUUUCAGAUUUGAGUUCAGCGAGGAAUAGGAAUGGGAUUAAUGAGGCAAGCAAUGUUGAAAUUUUGGCUGCUGAAGAUAAUAUGUAUGUGGCAAAGGUUGAUGGCAAAGUAUUAGUGAAGAUAGGGAGCAAACUAGAUAUGGGUAACAUGAUUCCACCGAAUUUCAAAGUUGUUGCCUCUGGACAAGACUACGCUGUGUGGGAGAAAAAGGCGUAAAUAUAAUUUGCGGGUUUUAAUAGCAAAAUAAUGUGGGCCACACAAGCAAUGUACCUUUGCAAUUUCUUUGAGAAUAAUAAUGCAUUAAUUUGCACGAUAGUGUAACCAAAAUUUAUACGUAGUAUAUAAAUAGUUACUUCGUAUUUAUUAAUAUAAAUGAUAAGCCACACAUAGAGAUUAGGGUUUUUUUUUACGACAAUAUUACUAAAAUAAAACUUAUUUACAUAAA